AAAGGCGGAAGAAGAGAGAAAAACAACAACAGCAGCAGCAGCGGCGGCGGCUCCGGCUCGGCGACGAUAGUUGGCGAGAAGGACAAUAUAGCAAUUUAACGAUUAUCUUUUCGGUAUCACAAAGUACCGGCGGUUUGUGUAUGGUUAAUACACCUGUUAUUGUUUACAUUUAAUAAGAAAAUGUCGUUGUUUGGUAAGUUAUUCGGCAGCGGAGGGAAGGGUGGGAAAGCGCCGACACCCCAGGAGGCUAUCCAGCGACUCAGAGAGACCGAGGAGAUGUUGGCCAAAAAACAGGAUUUCUUAGAGAAGAAAAUCGACCAUGAGCUCAUGACGGCUAAGAAGAACGGCACGAAAAACAAACGAGCGGCUCUACAGGCCUUGAAGAGGAAAAAGCGCUACGAGCAGCAGCUGGCUCAGAUCGACGGGACGCUGUCUACCAUCGAGUUCCAGCGGGAGGCGCUAGAGAACGCCAACACUAACACAGAAGUACUCAAGAACAUGGGCAUGGCUGCCAAGGCAAUGAAGGCUGCACACGAAAACAUGGAUAUAGACAAAGUAGACGACCUGAUGGCAGAAAUCACAGAACAACAAGAAGUGGCUCAGGAAAUCUCAGAUGUCAUUUCCAGACCGAUUGGUUUUGGACAAGACUACGACGAGGAUGAGCUCAUGGCCGAGCUGGAGGAACUGGAACAGGAAGAGCUGGACAAAAACCUGCUGGAAAUCGAAGGAACGGAGGACGUCCCUCUACCCAGCGUACCAUCUACAUCACUACCAUCUAGACCAGCCAAGAAGAAGGAGGAAGAAGACGAAGACGACAUGGCGGACCUCGAGGCCUGGGCGGCUAACUAAGCUAGCGUGCCCCGCUAGCUAGUGCCCCUCCCCUGUCUGUCUCUCUGCUACCAGACUGGUCCCAGACAUCUGGAAGAGAGACAGGGACUCUGGGCUGCUGAGCUGGCUGCUGGCAUGCUGUUCUGUCUUAAAGCCGACGUGUCAGUAUCUAACCAUACCCCAACCCUAAAGUAUGCACUUGUGCACAUGUGCACUGAUUUAAAAUGAAAUGAACCCAGGCUCUUUUCUUCUGAUUAUUAUUACAGUAACAAUCUAUUUACUCUCUUCUUCUGUUUCUAAAGGGCAUCUAUCAGCCUGUGGUUGUGUCUAUCAAAGGAAAAAGAGUGCAUAAACAUGCACACUUACGCCAGGAGUGCACAAGUGCAUACUUAGAGGGAAGGGUGUGUGGAGGAACAAAACGUGGCCUGUUUCUGGGAAGAAUGUGAAGAAUCAACAGAUUUGUGGGGAAAAAGGACAGAGGUUGAGGGGAAAAAAAAGCAAAAACCGAAAGACAACAUGACUCAGCCAUUUUUCUGUUUUCUGCUUUGUAAUCUCUCUUCUACGGUGAUGACGACAACCCAUCCUCUACACCAUCUUUGCUAAAUCUCAACUGCGGCAAAAAAGAUUAAGUAUAAAAAUGUAGGAUUUUCUCAUUGAAAUAUCACUGUUAAAAUGACUAAACUAAGACGUGUUAAAGUGGAACUUUGUAGUUAAAUGAAAUCAUCUUGUUAUGGAAGGAGUUUGAUCGCUCUGUCAGCCAUAUGCCUUGUAGAAGUUUCAGUGGGCAACUUCUUGUUGCCCUCUGGAUCUAACCAGUUAACCAGUUCUUAAAAUAAAAAAUUUUGGGGAAAAAAGA